AUGCUCAUCGCUCUUAGAAACCAAGUUGCUCUUGCUUGCUGGCAUCCAGAGCUCAGUGAUGUCUGGGGGGAUCUCUCACGAGACAUUGAACCAGUCAAACCACAUAAGCUUCCAUCACCACAUGGCCUCAAACUCAAGCUGCUUCCCUUCCAACAAGAAUCGUUGCAUUGGAUGAAAGAACAAGAGAAAGGUACUUGGAAAGGCGGUAUGCUUGCAGACGAAAUGGGUAUGGGUAAGACUAUUCAAACAAUCGCACUACUUUUGAGCGAUCGCAAGGCGCCCAACUUGAUCGUUGCUCCAACAAUUGCUGUUGUCCAAUGGAAAAACGAAAUCGAAGCUUUCACUGAUGGCAUGAAAGUUCUUCUGUGGCAUGGUGCUUCCAGAACAAAACAUAAAGAUGAUCUCAAGAAGUACGACGUAGUUCUCACCUCAUAUGCUGUUAUGGAAUCUGCAUUUCGAAUUCAAACUUACGGUAGGCAAAAGAAGGGUCAGAAAAUCAAGGAACCAAGUCCUAUACACUCACUGAAAUGGCACAGAAUCAUACUCGAUGAAGCACACUCCAUCAAGGAACGACAGACAAAUACAGCUAAAGCUACUUUCGCUUUAGAGAGCAACUUCAAAUGGUGUCUUUCUGGUACACCCCUACAGAAUCGUGUUGGUGAACUAUACUCACUUGUUAGAUUCAUUGGCGCUGAUCCAUUUGCGUAUUACUACGGAAAGAAAUCGAAGUGCAAAUCGUUAAAUUGGAGUUUUUCAGAUAGGCGCCAUUGUGAUUUCUGCGGAGAGUCUCCAAUGAAUCACGUCUGUUUUUGGAACAAUGAGAUUCUCACUCCUAUCCAGAGAUAUGGUAUGGUCGGAGAAGGCAAAACGGCUUUCAAGAAACUCAAGAUUCUUUUGGACAGAAUGAUGUUACGUCGUACAAAAGUUGAACGAGCUGAUGAUUUAGGCUUACCACCACGUAUUGUCAAAUGUCGUAAAGAUUUCUUCUCAGAGGAAGAACGUGAUCUGUACCUCUCACUCUACACAGAUGUUCGCCGUACCUUCACAACAUAUAUUGAUCAGGGAACUGUUCUUAACAAUUAUUCGUCAAUUUUCUCACUUAUCACUCGAAUGCGCCAAAUGGCAUGCCACCCAGAUCUCGUUCUUAAAAGUCGUACAGGUCCGUACGGUCAAGAAGCACCAGAUGAACACGUUUGUAGAAUCUGCAAUGAUAUAGCAGAAGAUGCAAUUGAUGCGCGUUGUCAUCACGUAUUCUGUCGUCUUUGCAUUACUGAAUAUUUGACAGGCAGUCUUGUUUCACAACCAGAAUGCCCUUCUUGCCAUUUACCAAUUUCGAUUGAUAUCAACCAACCAUCAAUUGAGACUGCAGAAGAUGAAGGUCUCAAGACAAGCAAGCCACAGGGUAUCAUUGGACGUCUUGAUAUGGACAAAUGGAAGUCGUCAACUAAAAUUGAAGCCUUAGUUGAGGAAUUGACUGAGCUGCAAAGAGAAGAUUGCACUGUUAAGUCUCUGGUUUUUAGUCAAUUUGUUAACUUUCUCGAUUUGGUUGCAUGGAGACUCAAAAAGGCUGGUUUCAACAUUUGUAGACUUGAGGGUAACAUGACACCGCAAGCGAGAAACGCUGUUGUACAGCAUUUUAUGAAGAACGUACACUGUACAGUUUUCUUGGUAUCACUUAAAGCAGGUGGUGUUGCACUCAAUUUGACAGAAGCUUCAAGAGUAUACAUGAUGGACUCAUGGUGGAAUCCAUCGGUUGAGUAUCAAGCAAUGGACAGAGUACAUAGGUUGGGUGCACGUCGUCCAGUUGAAUGUAUAAAGCUUGUGGUUGAAGAUUCAAUUGAAAGUCGUAUUGUCCAGCUCCAAGAGAAGAAAUCGGCUAUGGUUGAAGCUGCCAUUGGUCGUGAUGAAAAUGCAAUGGGUAGACUUUCACCAGAAGACAUGAGCUUCCUUUUCAAAAUGUAA